GAUGGCCGCCAAGGCCUACGACGUCGCCGCCUACUGCCUCAAGGGCCGCAAGGCGCAGCUCAACUUCCCCGACGAGGUCCACCGCCUCCCGCCGCUCCCCUCCGCCUGCACCGCCCGCGACAUCCAGGCCGCCGCCGCCAAGGCCGCCCACAUGAUGAUGGCCUCCGCCGCCGCCCCCCCCGAAACCUCCAUUUCCCCCGACGACGCCGCCGACGACUUCUGGCGCGAGAUUGAGCUGCCGGAGCUCCUCCUCCUCCACGGUGGCGGCAGCAGCAGGUGGUGGACCUCCGACCUCCCGCCCUGGCCCGAGCCCGACCUCCCGCCGCAGCAUCCCUUCACCACCGCCGCCUGCUUGUAGUACUUCUCUGUAAUAUUCGAUUAUGUUUGCAUCUUAUAUUGCUCAUCAUAUAAUCGAUUAAGUAACUCUUUGUCUACCCUUCGCAAUAAUUAUUAAUUUUAAUUAUGCUUAGCAUUAGUAAUAACAUUUUCACUAAUUAACUUACUUACCACUCCUUUCA